AUGCGAUUAGACUUCACAAUUCAGGGUGAGAGAGACGCUUUUGACACGUUGUUUGACUACGGACCAGACAAACUGGCUCAUGUGAAAACGUCGCUGUUGGCGUUCUGCAAUAAACAUCUCAACAAGAUCAAUCUCGAGGUAACUGAUUUAGAAACACAGUUUCAAGACGGUGUGUUUCUUGUACUGCUAAUGGGUCUACUGGAAGGAUAUUUCGUACCACUCCAUGCCUUCCACUUACAGGUGACUUCGCAUGAAGAAAAGGUGAAAAAUGUCGCGUUUGCCUUCAAACUGAUGCAUGACGCUGGCCUCCCGAAACCACGCAGUCGUGUUCAGGAUAUCGCCAACGGUGAUCUCAAGAGCACACUACGCCUGCUCCACCUUCUUUUCACCAAGUACAAACACAUUUGA